UCGGUUGUAAACGGUUAUUUUCGUAUUACUCUUUCAUUAAUCUAUGGUUUUAAUGGUGGUUGGUGUUGGACGGUUUGCGUGAGUGGUGGAUUUCGUAAAGAAAAAUGUCGUCAAAGGUGUCUCGUGAUACAUUGUACGAAUGCGUUAAUGGUGUGAUAGCAGGCUCCGCUGAAAACAAGAGACACUUUUUGGAAACUGUGGAAUUACAAAUUGGCCUGAAGAAUUAUGACCCACAAAAGGACAAACGUUUCAGUGGCACCGUCAAGUUAAAGCACAUUCCUCGUCCCAAGAUGCAGGUGUGUGUUCUUGGUGAUCAACAGCAUUGUGAUGAGGCAAAGGCUAACAAUGUCCCAUACAUGGAUGUUGAAGCUUUGAAAAAGCUGAACAAAAACAAGAAGUUGGUUAAAAAGCUGGCUAAGAAAUUUGAUGCUUUCUUGGCUUCAGAAGCUUUAAUUAAACAAAUUCCUAGAUUGCUAGGUCCAGGUCUCAACAAGGCAGGAAAGUUUCCUGGUCUCCUUUCCCACCAAGAGUCUAUGAUACAGAAAAUUGAUGAAGUUAAGGCUACCAUUAAAUUCCAAAUGAAAAAGGUACUUUGUUUGUCAGUGGCUGUAGGACAUGUUGGAAUGACCCCAGAUGAGUUGGUGCAAAAUGUUCAUCUUGCAAUCAACUUCUUGGUUUCCUUGUUGAAAAAGCAUUGGCAAAAUGUUAGGUCCUUGCAUAUAAAGUCGACUAUGGGACAACCACAAAGAUUGUAUUAAUUUUUUAAUUAUUUUACAUAAUUGACUUAUGUAAAUUAAAAUGAUGUCUUAAUAAAAUUACUAAAAAAGAUAUCAGAUUUUUCUUUAU